UGUCGUAACGUUAUUUAACGUUAACCAGAGCUAGCAUACGUGAGUGGCUUGCUAGCUGGUUACAUUUAAAGAUAAGUUUCGCACCAUUCUGUCUAAGUUUUACUUAACGAUGGAUAUCCUACGUCCCCCGCUUAUCAACAUAAACGGCAGAAUAUAUCGAAGGAAUAUAGUUAAAGAAGAACCAUAUGAAGAGGAAGAUGAUUUCUCGUACACUGGACCAUCUGAAAGUAAAGAUCUGACAGAGGAUGAAACCUGUGAUCUCCACCUCAUUGAAGAGACGGAUAAAGGAUACCGCUGCGCCAUUGAUGUCCCAAGUGUCCUUUACAAAUAUAUCAUUGGUAAAAAAGGAGAAACUCGUAGACGCCUGGAGUCUGACACCAAAACCUCAAUCAGUAUUCCAAAACAAGGAAUUGAAGGCCAAAUUGUUAUCACCGGUGCCCAAAAAUCUGCAGUUUCAUCUGCAGUCACUCGAGUGGAGGUCCUUGUGGAGAGUUUUAGAAAGAAACAGCCUUUCACUCACUUCCUGUCUUUCCCUUUGAAUGAUUCUAAAGUUCAAGAGGGAUUCCAGACCUUUAAAAAGGAGGUGUUGCAGCAGUGUUCACAGGACCACGGAGUGGAGGAAAGCAUCUUUCAAAACCCUGCGAAACUUCACUUAACCAUUGGCACCAUGGCUCUGUUAAAUGACACAGAAGUGAGAAAAGCAUUUGAUCAACUCCAAGAAUGCCAAAGUUUUAUCAGGGACAUCACUGAAGGAAAACCUCUGUUAUUGGAAGUGACCGGUAUAGAGUACAUGAAUGAUGAUCCAGCUAUGGUGGACGUCCUGUAUGCCAAAGUCAAUGUUAAAGAUGGAUCCGACAGGUUGCAGGUGAUUGCAGACCGGCUGGUGGAGCACUUUGUCUCUGUGGGGCUAAUGCUCAGGGAGUGGGACAGAGUGAAGCUGCAUGGCACUGUGAUGAACACACUGUUCAGGAAGGACUCUACAGUUGAAGACAUGGGUGGAGCAGGAAGACAAACCACAAGUGGAAGGGAGGCCUUUGAUGCUAGAAACAUAUUAAAGAAAUUUAGUAAUUAUAGCUUCGGGGAGCUUGAGCUGAACACAGUCCAGCUGUCACAGAGGUACUCAACAGACUGCAAUGGAUACUACUCAUCGGCUGGAAGCAUCAGCUUCUCAUGACCUUCAUCCCAGCCUUGCAUAAUAUUCUGAGGUGUGGAAGUUCGGAAACUUGUUCUGCAGAAGCUUCAAAUUGCAGUUUUUUGCUCUGUCCUCCAGGUGGCAGCAUAUAUUAGCCUUUUUUUUUUACCCUUCAGUGGAUUUGUUUAACACACAGAUUCUAAAAUAUUGUGUUACAGUGUAGAAGAAAAUCAAAAGAAAACCUGUAAAGGUUGCAUAAAAUAAAAAUAUAUACCUUCUGUAUUCAUUAA